GUAGACAUUGAGUUUAAAGAGUUGUCCUAUUCCGUGAGAGAAGGACCAUGCUGGAGAAGAAGAGGGUACAAGACACUUCUAAAGUGCCUGUCUGGUAUGUUCUGCAACAGAGAGCUUAUUGGAAUUAUGGGACCUUCUGGUGCAGGAAAAUCCACAUUAAUGAAUAUUCUAGCUGGAUACAGGGACAGUGGAAUGACUGGUGAAAUAUUGGUAAAUGGAAAGCUGAGGGAGCUACGAACAUUCAGGAAGAUGUCCUGUUAUAUAAUGCAAGAUGACAUGUUAUUACCACAUUUAACAGUCAAGGAAGCGAUGAUGGACCUGCAUCCUAUACCCUGCUACCUCUUAUCUGCUCCCCUUGAUCCUGAUCCCAGUUCUGGCCCCCUUCCU